AACUCGGGGCGCGCGAUGCCAGCGCCGCCAUGUUGUCUCCGGCCGCUUCCGCUUUUACCUCACCUGGUCCUGCCUUUCGGCUCCGCGCAGCACCUCCAGGUGUGCGUGGAAGCUCCCGGGCUCGCGCUCGUCGCGGAAGCCCUGCCUUUUCCGCGCUGUCUCGGAGCAAUCCCGCAGACGUCUAUAGAGUUCGCUCCUGCACCUAGCGAUGUGUUCCUCGAGACAGUCUCCGGAGAGAGAAGAUGCGAACUACACUGUUAUUCCCACCUAGAGAACACUACCGGUAACCAUCAACAGCUGGAAUCGAAGUCAGGAUCAUCAACUCAAAUUGAGGAGCUCCGGGUAUCAGGAGAAGUCCCCCGAUACACCUGUGAGGUGCUGAGAAACCGCAGUGGCACAAGGGGCCGGUGCUGGCACAGAGCAGCCGGGGUCCAGGCGACCCCCAGGUGUUCUCGGGGUCUAAUCUGUCCCAUCUCCUUUUACCCCAUUUCCAAAGAUCCGGACAUGAAGUUCUCCUCCAGGAGACUGUCAGUUGUGGAACAGGAAAGAGAUCGAGACUGGAUUACGACAUCCCCUCUGAAGCCUAAUGAACACAAGCAGUUGAACAAGAGGACUUUUGAAAAAGGUGCUCGGUCUGCCCUGACGUGUCCCUGUGAGCACGAGGGUCCUACCUGGUCAAGCAGCCCCAUGAGGAGCACGGGCAGGCUGGAGUAGAGCACGUUGUAGAGCGUGAUGAACCAGUCCUCGUACGCCGUCUGUGGGGAGGUUAGAGUCUGUGUCACCAACCAAGACCUGUUGCUGGCCUAGUCAAUGCACGUGCAUUCUUUCUCAACUGGGAGGCCCCCAGCAUGCGUGGGGGCUUCUGCCAGAGUAAACCCCACUCCUCUGCAUCUGCAGAAGGUGUGAGUUGGGUUCACCGGAAUGGGCAGAAUCCACACUCCGCAGAACAGACCUUCCUUCUAAAAUGAAUGGGAGAACAUACACCAAAACAUUUUUUGGGAAAGGAGUCCGUCCAUUCUAUGUGAAGAAUGCUGGAAAAUACGUUGGUGCCGAUCCUUUCUGUAUCCCUUUGUUAACAAAUUCGGAAUACAUAAACCCACAGACCGGCCCAAGAAGCACAUAAGAGUACCCAUUGAAGAAGGAGUACCAGAAAUGAACCAACGUAAAUGCGAAGUUUUUGUAAAAGAAAUAUCGAAGGAACUUGCACAUCCUUAUGUAAGACCACCGGCCGUGUACCAACAGCAAUCUCUGCAAGUAUCUGAACUGGGCAAAGGAGUAGUCACUUGACAUGACAGCUUGCAUGCCUUCUUGUCCACUUAUUCCAACACCAAUGUGGGCAGCUGUGGGGCGGAGGGAGAAGAUAUGUGAAUCAUAAGCUAAUUUUAAAGCAAAACAUGGAGAUGAUAAAAAUGUUUCCACAGCAAAACAAAGAAACAGACAUUCUUGGAGCAAUGAAAACUCUUGCUCAUCAGCCCCGCCCCAGCUUCUGAACUCAACUUUAUGUCAGAGAUACAAGUGGCUAAAAAAAGCACAUGGCAAGGGCUCUGAGUAUUCGUGGAAGGAUCUCAGGUGGGCGGUAAAUUCCAUUUGGGUUUUCUGCCCAGCUCAUAGGCCAUCCUUCCCACCCACGGAGGGAACCCAAGGAAUCCAUGCAUACUGUGUGUCCCUGCCUCCCUGGCCACAGCUGAGUCAGCUCUGGGCUGGUAGGUCAUCGGUAGCAUAUACACAUUGGCUCUCCCAACCUUCAUGUCACCCUUGUUUAUUGGAAAGGUGGGAAAGCAAAUAAAAACCUAACACCGCUCUGACUUCCUCGCAGCAAGGUUCUAUUUGUGAAUUGGGUUCCAUCAUUGCGAGCCACCUGGAGCUCAGCGGCCCUUCCCUUUGUGGCAUUUCUGUAGCAGAGUUCAUAUCCUCUCUCCAGCUGCCCGGAGGUUGACGGACAAAAGUUUUUCAGCUGAAAAGCCCUUCACAGAAGCCUCAAAGUUAGAAGCUCCUCUGGUGCGUGACUAAGACAUUCGAGGCUCAGCCUGGCACCUGCUUCUUCAGUCUUUCCAGCGCUUUUGUGAGCACUUGGUCCCUUACAUUAAUCACUUCCUGCUUAAAGUACCCAGUGGGGUCUGUUUCUUAUACUAUCCUUGGCACAGAACCCAAGCUGGACCAAUCCGUGUCUCUUUCACAUUUUGGAACUAAGAUUUGGGUUUGUGUUUGUAAUUUUAACUUCUAAAUUCUUGAGUUGUGGGACAGAUAUAUUUAUUUCCAAGGGGUUCUGAGAGGCAGAAGUAAAGUGGUCUAGAAGGAGGAUUGAAAAGAAGCUGGGUUCCUGGUUCCAGCAUCUUCCUGAGGUCUGGCUUUUUGGGAGGCAUGAAACAUCUUUAGAUCUUUUAAAAUAAAUUUUUGUCUUAAGCUUGCGUUAGCUGUUCUUUAAUAUUUACAAUCAAAAGUGUUUUAACUAAGAUACUAGUUUAUAUAGUAUCUGAUAACUAUAAUAUACUUAGUUAACUAAGAUAUUAAACUUCCAGCAUUUAGUCAUGGCCCACCAUGACCUUAAGAGACACAUUUUUUUUUUUUUUUUUUUUUGCUGCAGAAGGUUUCCAGAAUGGAUAAAAAUGAAAGUGACAAUUCUGUCCAUCCUUCCAAUAGUCACUUAGUCACAGUUUCAACUUAGCGAAUUACGAAUUUUAUAUAGGUCUUAAGAGGCAUGGAACUAAAGACAUACUGAGAUCUGCUAGAGAAUGUGUGUUGGAGAACACAACCUGUUAUUACUCAGACCCAGAGAAGUGACUGCCAACUCAGCAGGGUUUCCAACUGAAAGCGGCUCCAAAAAUCCUGCCUUAGUGGCAGAGUACAGGGUCUGGCAAAUUCAAAGUGACACAGUGACUUGGCCAAACCUAUGUUUUCAGUAACACUUUGCAAUUCUAAAAAAUAGAAUGAAUUGCAUGUCUCAUUCAAUAUUUAUGACUUCUUUUUAAACACAUAAAUAAUUCUUAUGACUAGUCGUGGUUGCCAAACUGUGCUUUCCUGCCGAACUAUGGGCUGCUUUUCCGAUCAAGCAACAAAGGGAGAUGUUGAAGUUCUCUCGGAGCCAAGGAGAAGGAGCCCCUGAUGUCCAGCCCAGCCUUUUCGCUGAGCACACCAAGGACAGUGUGUGAAAGAACACAGCCACGGUUCACAGGGGAUUCAAGGCAACCGAGGAGAUGUACUUUAUAGGGCUGCAUGUUUUUUUCCCCUAUAAUCUAAAUAUAGACACCUAGAUUUUCCUGAAGUUUCAAAAAUGUGGUUUCGGAUGCCUCACUGGUAGGCUCCUUCAUAGUUCCUUAACAGACUCAUCAUUUCCUCAAGCCUUGGUGGCUCUGUCUCCCCUCUCGUGCUUCUUGCUUAUUUUUAGGGUCUUAGACCAAGAAAAAACACCACCCACCAGCCAGCAGACAUCUUCAGGCCCAAGAGAGGGAGACAGGGGAGCCCAUGAGAGUCCUUGCGUCCUUGCUAGAGGCAAAAACAUGGGGGGGGGGGGGGGGGGGUUGCAGUUCCCUCCACUUCUACUAAAUGUGGAACAUGCUAACAAAUGGCCAAGUUUUUCUGACACUUAAAUUUUACUGUAUUUCUUUAUAGACAAAUAUAAUUUCUGUAUAUUGUAUUUUAUACAGGUGAAAGCAAUGCCAGUUUUUCUAAAAUACAAAAGGCACUAUCAAUACUUGGGUAAAGCUAUGGACUUCCAGGGACACCUGAGUUUCUUUGAUUUGCACCCCAGAUGGAUGUUCCCUGUUAUAUAUAAAAGCACCGACCAUAUAACAGAGCUUAAUAAAAUUCUUAGAACAACUUAAGAAAACAAGUCUCUAUAAGAUUACUUAUGUUGACUUUGUGAUCCCUUUUGCUAUCAAUUGGUAAACUCCUUGGAACAAAAAAAAUUUCAAGUCUAAGUCACAUAGUCAGAUGGUAAAUUUGCAAGGUAACCCUCUCUCCAACAUCUAGAAGUCUCCAUUGUAACUGAGUAAAACUAAUGUUUGAGUUACUUGCCCUUUUGGCACAGCUAUUUAUGCUAAGGGUACACAAUGGAAAAUAACCUAGAACUGGCUAUAGAGGAAAGAGACUGAUGUAAUUUGGGGCAAGAAAUGCCAGUCGUACGGUAGUAUUGGCACAUGCAAAACACCCUGGAGAAGAAAUUAAACCAGCAGUGGCCACAGACAGACACAUGAUAAAGAAGCAAGAAGACAUACAUCAUAUAGCUGACUCCUGCCGAGGAAGAUAAAGUUGGAAUAUUCUUAGUAUAGAUCGAGGAGGAGGAAGAGACUCUAAGAAAACAAAGAGACACAUGAAUUACAAAACAGGCUUGAAUUAAAAGUCUAGUUGUACAUAAUGCAUUUUAGCUCUCUAGUAGAACAUACGUGGUUAUGUCAUAGUUCCUCUGAACUAAUAAUAUCACAAAACUGGAAGUGACCUCAGAAAUCAUAGUUUUCAGAUGAGAAAAUUGAGGCCGGAGCAUAAGCCCAAGGCGCCACAGCAUGUCGGUGGAAUGAAAACCAGCAUUCACAGCUCACUAGUUGGGGCGUUUUCAUUAGAAGAUGCUCCCUGACAGUAACACAGGGAGGAAAAACCACCCAGGACUCAGGCGUGUUGAUGAAGCUUCGGUUCUGCGUGCUCUAACACUGGCACAAUGUAUUUCUGCAUGACAGGGCUCAGUUCUUCAAUUUGUGAAGACGUAAAGCCCUCCCACCAGCGAAACGACCCUUGGCAGUCUCCUAGGAAGGUCAGGAGGAUGGCAAGGCCAUGUUAGAGUUGUGUUUCAAUGCCACGUGUGCUCCCUUGGGCUCAUACGAGGUCACCCAAUUUCCCAAAGGCAAGAAGAAAGCCCCAGAAAAAAAGAUGCUGAGAUAAGAAAGCAAAAUACUCUCAAAUACUAAAGAGAAUUCAACAAUUUACUCCGCGCUCAGCAGAAAUUUUCACCAAGGUUACUAAAUAGGAUUCUAAUAAGCCUUAAGGAAAUAGAGGAGGAGAAGCAGUAAGCAAGGGAAAACAAAACAAAUCCACAUGUGUGUAAAAGAGGGAAACAGAGGAGGCCAAAUUCACUCAUGUGGAGCUCGUCCUCUCUUUGGCAUCCUCUGAGCGGCACUAUCCUACCUGCUCUCUCCUACUGGGGUAGACUGAGCUUCCUCAGGGCAGGGUCACAGGUGUCAUCAUCGUGGUUACUUGCCUUUAUCAGCUGCUUUCUCAGAGCCUGAGCUAUGGGAUUUGGAACUACUACCCUCAGAAACAUUCCUGCCAUUCCUUCUCUAAAGCAGUUCAGGUGGCAUCGGCCCUGGGUGAGACUCACUUUUGAUCAUGUUUACAUCAUUGGCCCCAUCUCCAAUCGCCAGCGUGAUGGCUUUCUUGUACCUCUUCACCAGGUCCACCACCAUUGCCUUCUGCUUGGGGGUGACCCGGCAGCAGAUGACUGCAUUGCACUCACAGGCCAGGUCUACAAAGUUCUUCUGCCUCUGCUCUUUCCUGGCUUCCAGACGCCUUUUACUCUGCGUCCGCAUCCGUCUUUCUUCUUCCGUCCUCGGGAACUUCAGCUUCAGAAUCUUACUUCUCUUGGUCUUUUUCUCCAGAAGAAUUUCAUUCUGUGAGAUUAGAGAGGGAGAGGAUUACAACCGUCUUAGUUUUUAUCUCGAGGGUACCAUCUCCAAGACUUUAAUCGUGUGGAGGAUGGUUCUUGGGUUAUCUCAUGGAUGAUAACUGUUCUGAUUAUAAAACCUACUUACCGUGGAAAUUUACAAAACACAAAUGUACAAAGAAAAAAAAAUUACAAUUAUUCAUUGAUUGAUAAACCAGGGCUAUCCACCAUUACCAGUCUGAUGGAUUUCCUUUCAUGUAUCAUAUAGGAAGUCUCACACUUGGGAAAUUGCCGCUCAUUCAUAGGCCAAGAGAUUUUUAGGCUGUCAGUUUGUAUGAGAAACCAUCUCAAAUCAGUCCACAAUGAACUGCUGUAGUUUAAGGCAAAGGCACACACAGAUAAAGAUACGCACCAACCAAGAACCAGUGAUUAUUAAAGCACGACUUUCACCAGGUGGAAAAAAAGGUUCGUGCACGGGGGGUACAAACUUUGCAUAGACUCCACCUCUGUUCCUCUGGUUUUCCAUCCUUGUGUGAAGAAGAGCACUGGGGGGAAAAAGAAAUUUAAGUGUUUAAGAGCACAAGACUAUAAAUCGGCCCUUGACUGUGAAGUACCUUUGACAUAUAAUCUCUAUUUUUAUUUGUGUUUUUAAAAAAAAACCCACAUACUCUGGUUUCUCUUCAAAUCGUAUAAAUCUUUCCCCUUAAAAAAAAAACCCACAUAAAAUUUAUCAUCUCACCUAUUUCUACAGUUCAGUAGUAUUAAGUAUAUUCACACUGCUUUGUAACCAAUCUCCAGAACUUUUUCAUCUUUCCAAACUGAAACUCUAUACCAGUUAAGUGACCCCCUUCCCCUAGUCCCUGGUAACUACUGCUUUAUUUUCUGUUUCUACAGAUUUGAACACUAUAAGAGAACUCCUACAAGUGGAAUCACACAGUA